AUGCCGCCGUCGCCGCCUAUCCCCAUCGGUCGCGGACCCACAUCCUAUCUCAACCACCAAUCUCAGUCUACGGCUUUUAACGCUGCGGCGCCCCAAGCACCCCAGAAUACUCCUGUUGGCAAUGGAGGCGUCUUGAGCGCUGCCAGCUUUGCUAGCGCAGCAGGCUGGAAUGCGGUUGCUGGACCGUAUCCUAGUCCUGCGGCUGGUAGCAAUUCUGGAAGUGGCAUGUCUUUGAAUAGCGGUAACAUGGCCGCCGGAGGAUUUGAUCUUCUAGCCGAGGCAGCAAAGAGGGCGGAAUUCUCCAUUAUGGUUGACGAUAUGGGCGGCCUUGGCUUUGGCAACACGUCUUCAAACAAUGGGGCUAGAGCGUAA